AACGUGCUUUUUCGGUCUUCGUUGUCGGUGCAUGGAAAAUUGUGAAAUACUCGAAGAUUAGUUGGUUUAUUGAAUAUAGAUAACACAAAGUACGACUGUUUCAUCGUCCAGUGUAGAUUGCAAAUGUAGUAGACGAGUGUUUUCGGCGAUUUGAUUCCGGUCAGUCACGGGUUUUGCGUCGUAAAUACCUAACCUUGAAAGAACAACAACUUCCUUCCGCCCGAGAUACCGUGCCACGAAGAAAUGCAAAGAUGUCUGCAAUCACCGAUAAACGACGAAUUUCAUCGAUUCUCAAAACCCAGUCUGCCGAUUCAAAGAGCCCCGUCGUUCGCAACAAAGUGCGCUUUGCCGUGCUGUCGAUCGAGUCAGCGUUGCAGGAUGUUUUGGAAAACAACCGGCUAGUGCUGUACGAUGAGCUGCUGCUGAAGCUGAAGGAUGAAGACUUUGAUGAAAAUCAAUUCCAAGAAAUGUUCACCGAAGCAAAAAAGUGUGUCCCUCUCCUGAAAUCCCACUUCAGUAACUUGGUCGACCAUCUCCUCUCCACCCCCUGGUUGGAUCGAUCGGAGCAGUCCAUCGAGUCGUACAAGGAUUUCGUGAUCGAACUAUCGAUCGUGCAGAAGAACUUUUGUACGAUGACCGUUACGAAGCUGCUGAAACUGUUUAUUCCAGGCGAAGCUAGUAAACAACGGUAUAAGAAUGGUGUACCUAACGAGGAAGAGCAGCGACAGAUGGCAUCGGUGCACGAUCUAAUAACAAGACUGAAAAAUGUGAUCCCGAUGAUCUUCGACGUGGUGCUUACGCAGCUUCGCAAGAGUUUCCCCUACCAUAAGAAGCCAACCUAUGAGGUAGUGGGAUACCUUCAUAACGUUCUGCACAUGACGGAGUACGCGUCGAUCUACUGUGAUGAGCUGCUGGAAAUCGUAUUCUUCCAGCUGCUCCAAAUAGACGUGAACGUUCCGCGCAGCGAAAUCGAAGAUGCCGAGUAUCCCGACGAGGAGAUGUUCGAGAUGGCCGACACUGGCGACGAGGAGGACAGUGACACCAUGCGCCAUCCGGUGGCGGAAACGCUGGAUUGCUUCAUGGAUCUCAUGUUUCACUUCAUCGACCGUACGGUGAAGGAGAGCGGACAGGGGGAUCGGUUGUUCAAGAUCAUGCUGAACCAGUUCGAGUCUCACGUUCUGCCCACUCACAACACGGACCACGUACAGUUCCUUCUGUUUUACUUCUGCAGUUUCAAGCUUUCGUACGCAGAGCAUUUCAUCACUUCCCUGUGGAAGAACGUUAGCAAUCCCAGCAUGUCGCCGGUGGUGCGACAAGCCUCGGUCGGUUACAUAGCAAGUAUGUUGGCCCGAGGAAAGUUUGUCCCCUUGAGCUAUCUUAAAUCGAUGCUUCACGAAAUGUCCCACUGGGCGCACAGCUACAUUCAACGGUGCGACUCCAUGCAGUACAAUCAAUCUCUGAAGGCACAUCUCGUCUUCUACUCCGUGUGCCAGGCCAUCUUUUACGUGGUGGCGUUCCGCAGCAAGCACCUUACCUCGGACGCAAAGAACCUCACGUUCCUGCAAUCACUUCAGCUGUCGUCGAUAGUAACGUGCCAGCUGAAUCCGCUGCGCGUUUGCCUACCCACGGUGGCCACGGCAUUUGCCGGUAUUACGCGAGCGUAUCAACUCGCGUACUGCCACACGAUCCUGGAGCGCAAUGCACGCCGUAAGCUGGCCACGGUGUACAAAAACAACACCCAGCUACCGGAGGACUGUCUGGAAACGUUCUUCCCCUUCGAUCCGUACAUGCUGAAGAAGUCAGGCAAACGCAUCGAUCCGCUGUACCUGCAGUAUCAGGCGCACGAAGUCGAGGACGAUGGGGGAGCUGCGGAGGACGCUGAAGUCGGUAGGGGUCGCAAAAGGUACGAAUCGAUUUCGGAAGAUGUAGACGACUUUAUCCCCGAAACGAAGCGGCAUAAACAUCAAAAGGGAGGACAUGCAAUUGACAUGAAUAGCGAGUUUACGUUCUCCUACGGCGUAUCGCCUGGGUUCAAUAGUUGAAGAUAGUAACUCUAAAAUCAUAUUUAAUGAAUUUUAUUCGCUAAACAUUAUAUGUGUCUCUUCGCAAGACAGUCAUUCAACAAUAAACUAAUCGGAUUAUUAUGUGAA